CUCACUGAAAUGGAGUAUUUGAAAAUGAGCUUCCUUAUUAUGUUUUUUGUAUUAAUUUGUUCCAGUCUUAUAUCGACAUCACACUGCAUAGGUGGAAAAAGAAACUUAUCAAAGGAAGGAGCAGAUGAAAUGGAAAUUGAGAGACAACUGAGGGUUUUAAACAAGAAGCCAGUUAAAACCAUUAUAACCGAUGUGGGUGACGUAGUAGACUGCAUAGACAUUUAUAAGCAACCGGCAUUCGAUAACCCACUGCUCAAGGAUCAUAAAAUCCAGAUGAAUCCAAGUUCAAUUUCAGGAGAGACAAGAAGUAAAAAUAUUUCGGCAUCCUCUAUUUUUCAUGGGCUUCAAAGGGAACGAUGUCCUUUAGGAACAGUCCCUAUUCGAAGAAUAACUAGAGAACACUUGGUUUUCGCAAAGAAAGUCGAACCAAUUCAUGCAAACGGUUUUCCUAACGUUCGUUACCAUUCAGUCUCUGCAGAAGAAGUCAUUCGUGAGAAAAAAUAUUUCGGAGGCUCAGCUUCUAUGUCUAUACAUAACCUUACAGUAGAUCCUGACCAGUUCAGUAUUUCACAAAUUUGGAUUGUGAAUGUUUCUUCGUCAGAAAUAAACGGCAUCCAAGCCGGAAUAAUGAAAAAUCCAAGCAUAGUUGGUGGUAACCUCCCUCGACUAUUUGGUUUUUGGAUCAAUGCUGAUGGACACCAUGUUGCUGGUUGCUAUAAUAUGGCGUGCCAGGGCUUCAUCCAGACCAACCCUCAUAUAUAUAUCGAUCAACCGUUUGUGCACUUGUCAGUAUAUAACGAAACUACGUAUGAUGUGCAUAUUAUGGUAUACCGGGCCCAAGGUGAUAAUGGUGACUGGUGGUUAAGAAUGGGAGCGACUGCUGAAAUAAGUGAAGAUGUAGGAUACUGGCCGAAUGAAAUCUUUACGCUUUUAAUAAAUAGUGCAUCAGCUGUACGAUAUGGAGGAUAUGUAGGUUCAAUGGCUCAAGCAUCAACUCCACCGAUGGGAAAUGGAUUUUUUCCUCAUUUUCAGAACUAUGAUACGACAGCUUACAUGAGACUAAUGAAGUAUGUCAACGAGGCAGGACACUCUGUUAACCUAGACCCAUAUUCAGUGCAAACCAUGAAUGGAACAGUACCACAAUGCUACAAAAUUAUUUUUGCUGGUCAAAUAGGUGAGCAAUGGGAAAAUACUAUCGUAUAUGGUGGACCUGGUGGUUUCUGUAACUAGUACAAUGAGAAUGCCGAUGGAGACGACCGGAAUAAUAAUGUUGAUUUUGAGAUAGUAAUGAUUUUGAAAUAAAAAUCAUUUUAUUUCUUUGCCCAAAUUCUGUAUUUCCAAUUCUUAAGCCAAAGA